AUAACCCUUUCCUUAAUCCAAUUUCCACACUCUAAUUUGUUUUAGUAAAAGAAAAAAGACCACCUUGUUCGGUUGUUGUGUUGUUCUAAAUGGGUGCUACCUCUAUGGUCCGAGGAGGAGUCACGAGGUUUCUACCCCGAAGGGAAUCAUUGGGGUGCGAGAAACUACAACUUGGAGUUGGAGAUGUGGAGUUUGAAUUUCUCGAUGAUGGUGAGAUGAUGAUGUCGUUGGUCAAAAGUGAUGAAAGUUCUGGCGAUGAGUUUCGUCAAUCCAAUGAAAUGGAAUUGGAUGAUGAUGAUGAUGGUGAGAGGGUUGAUGGUGGCAGCGUUGAGGAGAAUAGAAGCUUUUGGGAUAAUCAACACCAGCUUUUGCAGAACUACCUAUAUAGAUCAACUUCUAUUGAGUCAAGGAUAAGGAAUGCCACCAAAGAAGCCGUUCAGGAAAUACAAAACGCAGAAAUAGUGUGCAGUUGCAGUAGACAGAUAAUUUCCAGAUCCUGUAGAAACUGCUUCAUUAUAGAAGUCUCAAGACGCCUUCAGAAUUCUGGUUAUAACAGUGCCAUUUGCAAAACAAAAUGGAGAAGCUCACCAAGUAAUAUUCCAUCAGGAGAGCAUACUUUCCUAGAUGUAAUAGACAGCACAAGCAAAAAGCAAGAAGUUAGGGUGAUCAUAGAACUGAAUUUUCGAGCAGAGUUUGAGAUGGCAAGGGCAAGUGAAGAGUACAACGGGCUAGUGAGCAAGCUCCCUGAGGUGUACGUGGGGAAAAUAGAGAGAUUAAGCAACAUCAUCAAGGUGUUGUGUAUGGGAGCAAAAAAGUGCAUGAAGGAAAACAAAAUGCACAUGGGACCAUGGAGGAAGCACAAGUACAUGCAAGCUAAGUGGCUAGGUUCAUGCAAAAGGAACACCUCAACAACUACUUCAUCACUUAAUUCAAUGAUGGGGUAUUCCGAGGUGGUGAUGCCAAAACCAAAGCCUAGAGCAUCACUGCUAACAGUGGAUCUGAUGCUAGAAAAUAAUAAUUUUAAGACAGAAAUGUUGAAGCUUCCCAAUAUGCAUUGUACAGCUGUUGAAGUUUUGUGAUUGUAAUUACUACAGAAAAGUAGGUUUUAUUUCUCUAAUCUCUAAUUAAAUUAUUUGUAGCAAUAGGUUGGUACUUCAAAGUCGUUGCCCUGAAUUUGGAAGAUCCAUUAAACAAUUUACCUAGCUAUUUUGUUGAUUGAUACUCUCUUUAGACCUAAAUAUAAUAAAAAAAAAA